AUGGAGUUGCGUUCCGAAGGGUUUGAUAUUGUUAAAACCGCCGUCUUCACGCUGACAACCCGUACCGUAGAAUGGGUUGCGAAUUGUUUUGUCUGAAACAAAAAUUUUUCACCCAGUCGCAUUGCAAGUUGAUACUUCAUACACUUCAUAAGUGGGACUUAUCAGCUCACUUCAACUUGUAAACAACCGCAUUGCCCCGGUUUUGCCGACAUCAUUGAAUGAUCGGUUUCCGAGAGGGUGAUUACGACUUCGUAGAGCUUUGCAGAUGACACUUGACAAUGCACGUUGGCAGUGUCGAGGGCAAUUUUAUGAUAUCGACCCUUGCAUUUUAUGAAAAAUGUGAUGUGAAAAAACCUUGUGUCUUGUGAUAAUAUCAAGACACUGACAGAUAAACAAUUGAUAUUUGCUACUAAGUCACAAGAUAAUCAGGUCAGAAAAAUGGAUUCAUCUGAAGCGAUUGUGCUGGAUACUUUGACAAGAGCCUGCAGCCAGGACUCCACAGUGCUAAAACCAGCAGAGCAGCAGCUAGAGGACUGGCAGACAAAACCAGGAUUCCAUAUGGCAUUGUCUACCAUUUUUCUAAACCAUAGCUUAGAUUCCAAUGUCAGAUGGCUGGCAGUGCUGUAUUUCAAGAAUGGUGUGGACAGAUACUGGAGGAAAUCGGCGCCUAAUGCUAUCCCUGAGGGUGAGAAGGAAGAAAUCAGGAAAAGAUUGAUUUACAGAUUUAAUGAGCCAGUUCCUCAGAUUGCCACACAGUUAGCUGUGCUCAUAGGUAAAGUGGCCCGUCUGGACUGUCCACGCAACUGGCCUCUCUUGAUUCCCACGCUUCUUCAAGGGGUGCGCUGUCCAGAGGAUUUACUGCAACAGAGGGCGCUGCUAGUUCUGCAUCAUGUGACCAAAACCCUGGCAUCUAAGAGGCUGUCUUCCGAUAGAAAGGUCUUUGAAGAGCUGACUCUGGAUAUCUUUGGUUUUAUUCUGGACCUAUGGAAUAAGCACCUCUCUGAGUUUCUCCAGUUGGCGUCUCAGCAUGAUGAACAGAUGCUAGCCGCAGUGGAUAGAGCUACUCUUAGUUUGAGAGUCCUCAGGAAACAGGCUGCAUUUGGAUUUCGGGAUCCCCAGAAGAACCCCUUGAUCAACACGUUCCUGACCAUGGUGUUUGAGAAAGUUAAACCCACUCUGGAGUGCAGAAGAAGUUUGUGGGGGAAUCACCAGAUGGUUGAGAAAGUAGAGAAACUGACAUUGUUGAUGACCAAAGUGCUCCUUGACAUGUUAGAGUCCCAUCCAGCUUCGUAUGUUCAGUACAUCAGGCCAACUCUCGAUUUUGUGGUUGCAUACACCUUCACCGAUGUUGGACAAGGAAUUUUAUUUGAACGAUUUAUUGUAAACUCGUUCAACUUGAUGAAAGGCAUUGUUCAUUGUGAAGAGUAUAGACCAGCUAAGAACAUUGAAGAUACUGCGGACCCGGUUACUCUUGAGGCUUACAAAAUCAAGAUGCAGUUCUUCACGCCUGGCGUCCUGACAGAAAUCUGUCGACAGCUCGUCUCAAACUACUUUCUGUUGAAGACAGAUGACCUGAUGACAUGGGAUGCGGAUCCUGAAGAUUAUGCUCUCGAUGAAGGUGGAGACAGUUUUAGAUUUUCCCUCAGGCCGUGUACAGAGGUGCUGUUCUUGUCGCUGUUCAAAGAGUUCCGUCAGACGUUAACCCCUGUGCUGCUGGAGAUAGUGAAUGGCUUACAGGGACCAUGUGACCCUGACGACAUGGCAGCCAUGCUGAGGAAGGAAGCAGUGUACAAUGCUGUUGGUCUUGCAUCAUUUGAUCUAUAUGAUGAGGUGGAUUUUAACAACUGGUUCUCAACACAUUUAGUCCAAGAACUCAAGAUCAAGCAUCCCAACUAUCGUAUUAUCCGCCGGCGUGUGAUCUGGGUAGCAGGACAGUGGGUGGGAGUUAAGAUGGCAGUCAGUCUACGCCCCGCUCUCUACGAGGCCAUCCUGCCCCUCUUGAACCAUGAUGAGGAUUUGGUGGUUCGCAUAGAAGCAGCUACUACUCUGAAGACUGCUGUGGAUGAUUUUGAGUUCAAGACAGAACAGUUUCUUCCUUACCUGGAUACAGCUUUUGGCCUUCUGUUCCAGCUAUUGAAAGAUGUCAAUGAAUGUGAUAGUAAGAUGCAUAUCUUACAUGUGAUAUCCUUUGUGAUAGAGCGAGUGGGGGUACAGAUUCGACCCCAUGCUUCCUCCCUGGUCCAGUACCUUCCCAUCCUCUGGCAAGAUGCAUCAGAACACAACAUGCUUAGGUGUGCCAUUCUCACCACACUUAUCCACCUUGUCCAGGGUUUAGGGACCACUUGUGCCAGUAUGUUCCACUUUUUGCUGCCUGUGAUCCAGAUGAGUACCGACUUGACCCAGGACCCUCACAUUUACCUGAUGGAGGAUGGGUUAGAGCUGUGGCAUGUCACCCUGCAUAAUUCCCCCGUCAUUACUGAAGGUCUCAUCUCCCUCUUCAGAAACAUGCCAGCUCUCCUGGAACUUGGAUCAGAGAAUUUACGAGUUUCCUUGAGAAUUAUAGAAGCCUAUUUACUGUUGGGGCCAAAAGAACUGAUGGAGAAAUACGCCUCCAGCUUGGUGACGUCAUUGUGUAGUUUGAUGACUGAUGUCAGAACUGAGGCCCUUGUUAUUAUCCUCAAGGUUGUAGAGUUGGUGCUGAGGACAUUCCCUAUAGAGGGCCCUCAAGUCUUCCGUCCUAUGCUGCCAGCUAUGAUCAAGGCCAUACUGGAGAGGGAGGAGCAUGGCACUGUGAUAGCCAUGUAUUUUUCUAUGCUGGCCAGAAUCCUUCUUCAAAACCAGGAAUUUAUGUGGUCAUUUCUCAACCAAGUGGCUUCAGAGUUUGGAAAAGAUAGCCAGGAACUGUUUGGUUGCUUGUUAGAUGUCUGGUUUGAGAAGAUAGACUACAUUGCACAACCAGAGAGAAGGAAGUUGUCUGCCCUUGCUCUGGCUUCCUUGUUAACACUGAACUUCAGCACUGUACUGGAGCGGUUCUCUGGCAUUAUCAAUGUGUGUGUGGAGGUGCUAAAUGACGUCCUGCGGUCAGACUCGGAUUCUGCUCAACACGUAGACUGUCUGGUGCUUCAAAAUUCUGAAGAAUUUCUGGGUGAAGAGGAGACAGACACAGAACAUGACAAGAGGAAAAGACUGCUCUCCCUCCAGGACCCUGUCCACACUGUGGAUCUUCGUCAAUACAUCAUUUCACAGCUGUCCAGCUGCUGUCAGAUGGUCGGUCAGACUGCCUUUAGCCAACUGAUGGACAACACAGAUGCAGAAGUGGUCACUCAGCUUCAGGAUUUCAUGAAGUGACUGUUAAAUUAGGAUGAGAAGUGAUGAAGUAGCUAUGGUGACUUGACCAUUCCUGUGCUAGCUGUGUGUUUCUCCAGCUAACUUGAAGGAUGGAAGUGAGGGUGAAAAAUUUAAAUCUGCUGUCUUUGUGUGGUAACUUUUCAUACUUGUACCUUGGAAGAACAUAGAAAAUUAGAUAUGUGAACAUUCAAACACAGUAACAUAGGUAACACAAUGUAGUAGAUAGUAGUGAUCUUGAGACACACCCCAUUUGCUCAUAGGUACACAGUACUCAAAAUGAAUUCUGUUCAUACAGUACCAGCAGCUUUGUCUUAUGAAGGCCUUUGUUCUCCCAGGUGCACAAUCUGACGUUGCUACGAUCAGAAAGCCUCUAUGAUCUGAUUUACAUCAAACAAUAUGUGCUUUGGCCCUAACAGCUACAAAAUCUUAAGUUCACCCACAUUUGGAACUAGAUAGAUUUAUCUCAGGAAAAUUACCUUGGCUUUAAAUAUUAGGUUUUAUUUUUAGAAAUGAAACUGGCAAUAUCAAAUUCCUGCUUGAUUUCCUGUACUAAUGGUGGGCAUUUUCAAUAUCAGAAAGCCAACCAUGUAUAUAUAUAUAUAUAUA